AUGAGCCCGUCCGGGGUGCAAGGGGUCUUCCGAAUAUGCACUCGAAUGUUCCUCGCUGUCCUCAUUUUUGCGCUCGCAGCAAAGGCAGCAUGCGAAUGCGGAUUUCGAAUGCACGAUACCAGUCAAUACUUCACGCAUAUCAUAUAUAGCAAUUUUAGCCAAUACGACAGGUCUAAGAAGCUAGCUGCACAUAACGAAUUCAAACGGAAUUGGGUCAUUCAGCGAUGGAGCAUGUCGUCGGUGAGCUGGAGGACUCCUCUCCCUGUCCAGAAUUGGGACGAGAAUGUAUACCUUGAAGAUGGAACUAUGGUUCUUCGGCAGCUCGGAUACCCUGCAGAGGGCAUACUGGCGGGCAAAAAUGUUAGUAUUGCUUCAAUCGCGGGGCAGUCCGACGAGAUUUUUCACGGAAGCUUCAGGACGGAAAUCAAGAUCGAAGGAGCACAGGGCGGGAGCGUUGGCGCAUUCUUCUGGUAUCAUGAUGACAACAAUGAAAUUGAUAUUGAAAUACUUACUAGGGAAAUAAAAGCGCACGAACUGCUAGUCCACUAUACAACGCACCCAGCAGUGGAUGCAGCUGGCGGCAGCAUCGAUAAUGCAACGGCAGUCAUGUCUAUAAAAGGCCAUGAGCCGGGCAACUGGUUCCAGCGGCAUCGAUUUGACUGGGGCAAAAAGGAAUUGCGUUUUUACCACAACGGCAGCCUCUUGCACGCCAAUGAUAUGAAGGUGCCUGAGGUUUCAGGGCGCGCACUAAUGAAUCUGUGGGCAGACGGCGGCCUUUGGAGCGGGGCUCCCAGCACGACCAACGUGUACAUGCGAGUGAAGUAUGUGGUGAUAUAUCACAACACAACGGCCAGCGACGGUGGCCAGGACCUCGAGUUUAACGCUCGCUGUGCAAGAGCUGGAGGUCCAUCAGAUGAAACCGUCUGCCUGGAUCUUAAUGUUGAAGAUGGAGCAGUUGAUCCUUCAUCACUAGCCGCGGUUUUAACACCGUUGCCGUUUUGGGUAUUGUCUCUGCUUUGGCUGCUUCUUGUGGUCUUCUUUACCUGUAUGUAA